CGAGCCACGUGUGCUAGGUAGCCAUGGCAGCGGAAGUAGCGAGACCCGUGCAGACGUUGUGACCCCUGGCCCUCGCUGGCCAACAUGGGAAAAGAUGCUGUGGAGUUGGCUAGACCCCGGUCUUUGCUGUCAAGACCACCGAGCUGGUAGCUCUUAGUCAGACGUCAUGGCUUGACGUUGCCGUGCUGGCCGGUCCCGCAGGAUCCGUGCAAGUGCAAGUGUGUAGUAGUAUAGGACACGGGUGCUGCACACUGUGGAUGCGGGUGCAACAGUCGUCUGUCAACUCGAGCGGUUACUGUAAAGACUACAUUGUCUUCUGGCGCAUAUUUCUAUAAUUGGUCUCUGGACAGAGCUAUUUUCAACGUGUGGAAGCGCUGGGGGUGGACGAACCGCCCAUGGGCAGUCGUUGUGGUAAGGUGGUUGAGGUUGUGCCGCAGAUCCUCGCUUGUGCCCUGUCCGAGACAACAAGACCUCCAGAACCCUGGUCAGCUCAACGGUUACUAGGCCAGGCCUGCCAGAACAUGACACGAUGCGCAGCGACCUCUACCAAACAUUCAAAAACCUUAGAUUACAGGAUUGCGGAGAAGUCGCCCCGCAUCGAGAGUGGAAGAGGCUCUGUGGGCGAAUCAGCUGGUACUUCGACAUCCACCAUUGCGACAUGCGGUAUGAAUGGCCUCUACACUAGAUGGUUCCAGAAGGGCGUGGUGAACAAUACUCAAAUUCGGAUUGCGGGUCUGGGAAACGAGACCCUCAAGACUGACUGUCAGUUAUCGUCACAGAUCCAUCGUUGGAAUCAUCCUAAAGCAAUCAGACCUCUAGAUUGGUUCGCUGGUCUCGAGACACAAACUAGUGCAUGA